AUGGUUGUUUCUGCCCUCCAAUCCGAUCCCAUUGAUGACCCCGAUGUGGACCUGAAGUUAUCGCCUGAUCUCUAUAGUUUCUUUAGAACUAGGUAAGCUAGAGUCCCAGCGGGGCUCUUUCAAUGAACAGUAGAUUGAUGGAACCUUGAACCAGACAUUUACUCAUACUUUUUGAACCAAUCUGCAGAGGUCAUUCAGACGUGCUAAAGAUCCAUAAUUCUCCAUUAAGUAAGGAUAUUUUCCUUCAUCAAGGGAGGAACACCGUGCUGGACGUAGAGACUCCCAGUGAGUCCAAGGCAAUAGAACUGAUCCUGGGCAGGUGGGUUCUUAAGUGACUUUGAGGUAUUGUGGUUAUAACAUAACCUCUUACUGCAGCUUUAUGUCAGAACAUUCCGUGAGCAUGAGAUGUCGCCGAAAAGUCAUUCUGCACAAGUUUUGAGGGAAUGUUCCGGGUCAUGGUAGAAGACAAUGAAGUAUCAAUAGUUACACAUUCAUUUGAGGGACAGAGCUAAGGGGCUGUGGAGUCAAAUGGUUUUUGCCACACAAAUAUUUAGCAACAUGUUUUCAACUUUGUAUUAAAAGUUGUAUUGUAACCUUGUAUUUUCAGGCAUGGCGUGAAAGAUUUUAAUGUUGUACUUUUUUCUUCUUCAGUAGCCAAAGGGUUUUUUAUAUUAAACCAAACUGUAAAAAUAAUGUCAGAUUUUAUUUCAAGCUAUUGCCCCCUCUUUGCUCCCCCAGCUCUUCUUUGUCACCUGGCUACUAUUGGGAUGGAACAGGAUCACCCCCAGAAUCCAUAUCCGGGAGUGACAUGUACAAUGAAAGCGAGUUCAACGACCCACAGUAUGACCAGAGCCUUUUGGAGAACCUGUUCUAUACUGCGCCUGUAAGGACCAUACAUCCUCUCUUUCUUUAAUACAUUAUACAUCUCUCUUCUUUCUUUAACUGUAGUCACAGAGCAAGGGGCUGACUUUAUUUAUUUUUUUACAUUGUGCAGUGUAAUUGGAGGUGUGCAGUGUGAUUGGAGGUGUGCCAUGUAUAUAUCACAUGUAUAGAACAUGUACAAAGCCUGUGUAGCCCUUUUUAUAGCUGCCAAGCAGUGCACAUCCUUCUUUAGGGAACGGUUUAAAUAUACAGACGGCCUGCUAUUCCAGUGUCCAACCAGCUGAAUAGUCAAUCACUAAUGAAUCUCGUCCUAUUAAUAUUGUGCAGAAAUCAGACAGCAGCCUCAGUGACAUCGUCAGCGAUGAUGAUGAUCCCACGGAAUCUCUGAGAAGGAAGUCUAAGCGAAUCACUGUCAAACAUCGAGGACCACAGCUGGACCAAGCUGCUCGCAAAGAAAACAUAUUGCUCGAGAAUUCUGGGUAAAUAAAUCCAUUACCAAAGUAUGCAGCUGCCGCCACAAACUGUCUUCAUUUACCUAGGGGCAAGGAAUUCUGGGUAAAAGGCUGACACUGUACCACGUAAAAAGAAAUAGAAUUUUUACACAUCAUUUAAAGGGAAACUCCAGACUCUAAGUUAACUCUAUUCUAUAAAUAAUGCAUCAGAAUAAUGCACAAAAAACAUUCACAGCGGAGAUCCUGUUGCAGAUCAGGAACAGGCACCACCAAUAAGAAACUUCUCAUUCUGGUCUGUGUGGUCUGUUUUGAUCCCAUUGUCUUCCAAUUAUGCUCCAGGGGUUACCAUCCUUAUGUCUCUUGGAAAAUAUUUCCUAUCUCUCAAUGGGCAGAGAAUUAUGGGAAAUGUAGUGCAAAAACAGCUGCAAUUAUAACAUUCCACAGAUAUAUAUAGUUUCUACGAAUGAAAAACCAAAGCAGCACAUUCACCUUAUAAAACAGUACAUAAAUGUAAAAGAUAAUUAUCCAAUUAAAAUAUUUUAGAAAACAUAAGGAUUCCUCUAGAACUCCUCAAAAAUACAAAUACAUGAACAAAAUAUAAAAAGACAGGGACCAAAAUUAGGGUAGUAUGUAAAACACACUUGGUAACUAAAAUUCAAGGUUACACUCACAGGUGUAUGGUAAAAUACAGGCUCAUCACAAAUUAGUGGUGGUAUCGGUAGUCAAGACUCUUCUGUUUUCUCGAAAGCACAUGUAAGAAAAAAGCAGUGGAAAAAUAUAUAGGGCCACACUGUUAAAUACUGAACAAGUGUGCUUUAUUAGACACACUUACAAAAUCAGUGAUAGUAAAAAGCCCAUCAACAAAAUCUCCAAGGUAGCUGGAUCAAUAGUAAAGUGCUGGUGCUCUGUACUUAUGAUCUUUCUGAACUUCAGAUAAAAAUGUGAUAAAACGGCAUUCAAGGUUAAAAUAAUGUCCGCAAUACAUUUUGUUCAUAUAUAUAUAUAGUUUCUACAGCUUGGGUUACUGUAAUGUUUUGUUGGAUGGCAGCUCCUCUUUGACUGAAAGAAAGUGAUGUCUAAGUAUCUCCAGGUAACACAGAGAGGGUAUUAUGCUUCCUGGUUUUUGCAUCUAGCUGCAUGAAGUAUGCAAUACUUAUUCUUUAGCUAAAUUAAGGUAAUACAGUCUUCUUUUGUUUAUUAAUUAAUUUUUUAAUUUUUUUUACCUUUUCAUUGCCAGUCUCACGGUUCCUGAGCGGCCAUUGAAGAACUCUGUAAAAUCUAAUUCUGUGGAUUUAACGGUGGACCGAUUGGCACAGUUAGGGCGGAUGCAUGUCGCUCGAGUUGUUGUGGACACAUUAAAGAUUCAUCCAGACAAAUGGGCCAUAGAGAGCAAGAUAAACGGCAAAGGGAAACCACCUCGCCCAGCAACAUCCGUCAAACGGUAAGACGAACUAUCAGUGAAUUAGAUCUUACCUUGGCAGUAAAAGGUGUUCUACAACCAUUCAGCGAUGGCAGGAUUGUGUACAAUUAUCCAUCCCCUGUGUUAGACAGCACAGCUUUAUCCAUCUAUCCAGCCAUUACCAUAAAUAGAACUGCUCCAUGGUGUGCUGACUUACUGAUCGCAGAUCAGAUAACACAGAUCGUGUUAUUGUAAAGCUGAUUUGAGUUGCAGGGAAUGGUAGAGCCACAGUUUGCACUGUCUGCGGUUAAAGUAACCGGCAUAUCAUAGCAUUCAAAUGGAACUGUUAUUUCUUGUAUAUUUUGUCCACAGAACAUUUUUUGUGGAAUUCCAUUUCCCAGUUUCUUCGAAAACCAAAGGAGACAUUACCGUGGCAACUGAAAUUACUCGACUGGUCUCAAGCAAGAUUGUUAGCGGAUGUAAGUGCUCAUUAAUCACUUUUUCACCUGCUCUCUAUGGCAAUACCUGAGAGUAAGAGCAGGCAAGGCUACUCCAUGUUUUACCUCUGAACUGCUCUAAUAUAGCUCUCUUAUCGACUGACAUGCAGAACUGUUCAUAUCACUUCAACAGGUCAAACUUGAUGUGAAAGCAACUUGCAGGGCUUUCAAAAGGUAGACGUGGCUAGUAUUGUCUCAGAGCUCACAAACGAUCUUGCUAGGUUCUUUUAAAAGUGGUGUAAACUCAUAAGUAGAGUGCUCUGUUACUUGUAUUGGUAUGUGUAUAUUGUAUUGUCUGCUUCCCGGUAGUACAGCUAUGCAGAUUGUGUUGGCAUUUUGUUAACGAACACCUUAGCAUUGGGAAUACAUUCCCCCUCUCCCCCACUCACACACACAUGCUAAUUAAAACCAUGAAGAAAAAACACUUUUCCCACAAUGCCAUCCAUCUGUCUCUAUGAUGGCUAAUCCAAUGCUCCUUAUAGAGGACACAUGCGUGACAAGUACCGCUCGUGCAUCCAAAUGAUUCUCAUGGGAAAGCGUUGAAUUCAGUGCUUUCCUGUGAACUGCAUCCUCAUGUGACCGAGUUUUACUGGAAGACUGCAGUUUAACCCUGCAGAGUUAAACCUUCCGGAUCACUGCACCCAGAACACGUUCUGAUGAUGAGGUGGUCUGAGCGACUUUAGCGGCCCUUUAAUACUAAUUAAUAAUAAUACACAGAAGGUUCGUUAUAUAUUGAUGCACUGGUGUUUGUACUCCUAUGUGGGAGAUAUAAACAUAAAGCUUUAUGCGAUUACCUGUUUUAUCUAUUGUAGUUUAUUCAUAUUUUUUCGGUGUGUAAUAUUUUUCUCAUUUUGUAGUCCUUGCUAAGUUCUGCCUAGUUUUUACCAAGUAAUACGCAGCACUCAUUGUAACAACCUGUGAACAUUUUAAUCACAGCAAUAACCAGUUAACACAGUGUAACACAGGGUCUUUCUGUUGCUCCAGUUGUGAAGUUCCAGCAGCGAUUCGUGUUUCCAGUCCUAUUCAGUGGGAGGAUGAUUGAGCAUUGGUGGAACACAGACCUAAUAUUCAAGAUUUUCCUACGUAACGGAGCCCAGAAAAAGGUGAGCGAUUCUCACAGCCACAGUUGCUGUGUGUGUGUGUGUAAAUUAAGUUCUCUCACCCCUCCUGGGUGGUAUGUUUUUAUUCCUCCUUCUUGAGGGUUCUGCACAGUUUCUUAGCUGUUCCUAGAACUGCUCUCUUCUGGACAGCGAACUCAGAUGUUCCACCUGGAAUCUGUUGAAGCCACUCCCCCAACUUGGGAGUGACCACCCCGAGUGCUUCUAUCACAACUGGGACUAAUACUGCCUUCACUUUCCACAUCCUUUCUAGCUCUUUUUUUCAGUCCUUGCUAUUUGUCCAUCUUUUCAUGUUCCUUCUUCCUAAUGUUCCAACACUGGGUACUGCCACAUCCACUUGUCUGUAAAAUACCCCUCUCUGUCUCGUUAGAGAUUUUACUUUUUAGCUAGAAACAGCAAGGUGAAUUGUUAGCGUAGGCCUCACCCGAGAGGUUUGCCUUGACCUGGCAAGUGAGCUUACACUUAAAUGGCCAUUGGAGUGAUGCUAAUAAACCUCCCAUUAUUUAAAUGUGCAUAGUGAUUUUGGAUAGUGCGCAAGUAACUCUAGUUAGAGAAAACAGGCAAAACUCAAGGCUUCAAAUUUCUAUAUUAUAUGAAUGCAUUUUGGCACUUUGGAGCAUUUAAAGAUAAAUAUCAAAACUAGAUCUUAAAGAGGCAGCACAUUGUAUUGCCUAUAAUCAAUAGUAUUUCAAAGGUAUCUGUCAUUUUUAGCUGGCUUUCAAAAACUAAAGUUAUUCCAGAUCCCACAAUUAUCGUCAAUACGGGCACUCAGAUCAUGCAGCAAUUUCACUUCUGCAUUAUCCAUUCAAAGACGUCCAGCUUGGACACUUGGAUAAUCUGGCACAGUGAAACCACAUGUAGCUCCCAGUUUUGUAUGAUAUGGUUAUAUGUUAUAUAUUAUAUAUUACUCGAUGAUGGUUACAUACUUUUCAUUGAUUUAUUUUUGCCGAUUAUGACUCUGGAGUGUAACAUCCUGUGUGUUCCUUUCCAGCCAGGACUUGUGGGCUCCGCUAACCUUCCUCUACGAGACGUUCUGCUGUCUCAGGGUCUUUCUGUAA